AUGUCAUUCCGCUGCGGACUCUUCUACGGCCUCAGUCCUCAGACCAACGCAUACUCGACCAUCGUCAAUUUCAACACAGGCACGGGCACAGGCACAGGCACGGGUACAGGAUUCAAGGACCAGCCCAGUCCCCAGUACUGCGCCAUCAUGUCUGCUUUCCACCAUCACCUCGAUCUGGCCGGGAGGCGCCGUCUGGGUGCCCUCGACGCCUACGAACGACCCUACUUGUCCGACGAGCCCAAGGAUGCAGAGACUGCAAUCCUGCCUCCGCAGUUCACCCAUACGCCUCUGGUGCGCUCCUCUACUCUCUCAUUCUCGGACUCGUCAGUGUCAAGUCUAGGCGGCGGCGACUUGAAGACUGAGGUCCAGCGCAUGCUAAGAGAGACGGCAACGGAGACACAGACGGAGCGGCUACCGCAGCCUGCCCACGAACACCAGCCACAGGAGCUGCUGCAAUCAGACGGAGAGAACGGCGAUGACGAGUACAGUGAGGGAACUGACAUUGCCUCCUUGACUUCUGUUGAUGACCAAUCUACUGGAGGAGUAGAAAUCUGUCAUUUACCUGUCUCUGCUGAAGUACAUGUUGAUCGCCCGUUGCUGGCCACUGACUGUCAUGAACAAGUCAAUUGGGUAGGCGACAACGAUGAUGAAGAGGAUGAUGAAGGUGAUGACGAGGAAACUGAGGAAGAAGAAGACGAUGACGAGGAUGAAGAGGACGAGGAAGAUGAUGAAGACGACGAAGAUGUUGAAAUGUUUGAUUCUGACUCUGACGAUGCCUCUGACGAUGAUAACGACGUCUCUAUCAAUGGUGACGACCAUGUAGAUGACCUAGGUCUCGACGAUGAGUUUUCAUACAUUUCGUUUUCACGCUCUGUGCACUUUGCACCCACGCUGGAGACUGUGAUCCCUGACAAGACCUACGACUCGGAGAUGGAACCACCCACGGAGCCACUUCCCGAGAUGACUAUCCACGAGAAGAUCCAGAUUGCUCUCGCUGCACAGGCAAGGUCUCUUGACCCGGCAAACUUUAGCAAUGACGAGCACGACGAGCCAGACGAGCACUCGAGGGACCAUCUCGACCUCGACAAGCAGCUCCUGACCGCCUACAUCAACGGCCUACGCACCAUCUCAGCUCAUGUCUGCAGGAUCGUGAUACGCUCUCGCACUCUCCCCCACGACCCCAGGGCAAGUGACGGCGUCGAGCCUGACACCAGGACAUACGUCAACGAGUACCUUGACAGGAUCUCGCUGUUGUUGCAGAAUUUCUUUCCCAACUUGGUCGAUGAGGACAAGUUCGACGACAUACUCGAGUCCACGACCAUGGCUGUCUCGUUUGACGACGAGGAGAAUGUGACCUACCGUCCUGGCUUCACCGAUGCCCGUAAGAUGAUCCAGUCUGCGCUGGAAGAGACGCUCGACGUGGACGACAUGUACAUGGCCGACGAGGUCACCAAGUGGCUGGCUAGCGAACUGAUCGAGCCCCUUGGUCUGCGGGCCGCGAGACUCGAGAGGAACUAA